CAUGAUUUGCGCCCCCCCCUCUUGGACGCGGCCCCUCCGACCCCCACCCAUCUAUGGGGUGAGUCGGCCAAUGGGGCCCAGGCCACGCCCAUGGGGAUAGGGGUCGGUCAAGCGAUGCUCAUGGUUGCGCAACGGUCCCUGGAAUCAAGUCCUCCGCCGCGAAGGGCUCCAUGGGCGAGCUCUGAGGGCGCCGCUGCAUCCGAGAGGGGGUGUCCCUCCUGCGGCACGGCCCCCGAGGGAGCUCCACCGAAGGCCCCAGCGGCUCGGGUGCGCCUCACUGUGGUCGCGCACUUCGGCCUCUGGGCGGUGCGAAUACGCCUGUGGGCCCUGCGCUGGCAUGCUCGAUCCCCUCGACAUGCCCGCCGGCUUUCUGGGCCUCUUCCGGGACGACUUGAUGUCCACCCUUCAUUCACCGACUCGAACGAGCCAGGGCCGCAGCCCGCUGGCGCAGACCUGCACGGUCUGAGUUGUAGCCCCCCGCUCGCUCCUCAUCUCCGCGGCCGCCCUGCAUCUCUUCUCCUGGCCUCUUGCCUUGCUCGGUUCAGUUCGCUGUCCAGCGCCGCCGGGCUGCUCGACCGGCCCGCGCGCUCGCCGUCUCCGCGACCACACAGAAGCUUUUCAGUUACUCUUCGCUUCGGCGUUUGGCCCUCGGCCGUCGGCCUCCUGCCUCUUGUCUCCUGCCUCCGACGUGUCUCUGUAAUGCGGUCGGGCCGAGGUCUCAGAUCGCUUCGGCGCUUGGCUUUCGGCCUCUGACCCUCGGUCUCCCGCCUGCUGUGUCCCCUCUUCCAUACAUCUCUGAGAUCGAGGUCGGCUCGGGGAGGGCACCCUAGUGUUCUUCGUGCUUUCUGGAUGUUCUUGGUGCAUCCUGGGGAAGGUACCCUCGGUGGUCCUUCAGUUUGGCCGGCGGAAGGUCUCAUGUUCUUGAAGGAUUUUCUUCUGUCCUAGGUCCGGCCGUAUAUGUGUCUGUCUCAUAUGAUAUGCCUUUGCCUCGCCCACGUUCUUGCCUCAGAGUCUGUCUCUACCCGUGCUUCUGUCCGUCCCUGUCGUGCUGUCUCUUGUCUUGUCAUGGCGACAGCCAGGCGGCAGUGGUCCACGGUGGCGCCGAUUCGCGUCGGCCGCUUGCCGUCGCUUGCCUUGUCUCCUGCAUUAUCGUCACCAUGCUGGCGUCCGCAACUGGCUUCGCGGUGGGGAACUCAGGCGAGGAGACGCGCUGGUGGUCGGUCUUCGGCUGCCUCCUGUGGGCGCCGCUCGCAGCCGUCGCGGCCUGGUGCCAGAUGGGCCAGAUCGAUAAGGACGACGGGGUCGACCUGCAGCGGGACAUCUACGCCAGCGUCGACAGCAUCAGCAGCAGCAUCCAGGACCGCUUUCCUGGCUCCAGCGGCGCCGGCGGCCGCGGCUUGUCUCCGACGGCGCGGGCCUUCCACGGCUACGCGUCGUCGGGCUCAGGCGGCAGUGGCGGCGGGCUGCGCGGGGCCCUGGGCUUCGGCAGGGCUGGCGCCGGCGGCGCGGCAAGGGUCGACGAGGGCACCUACCGCGCGUCCGAGGACGCCCCUGGCCGCUACGUGAUAAACAUGGACCCCACCUACGUGUCGCCCUCGUCGGUGGUGCCCGUGUACGACGAUGAGAUCACCGACGAGCUGCGCACGGGCGACGUCGUCAGCGUGCUCGAGGUGCGACGGACCCAAGAGCGCGUGCGAGCUCGGAUCAAGGACCCUCCGGGCUGGAUCUCCCUUGUCAACCUCGAGAGCGGCGCCCGCUUCGCCACUCGCGCCUGAGGGUCCGCCGGGCCUCUCGGCCCCCGCCGUCAGGUCCCCGAUCUCGGAGCCUGCUCUGCUCCUCCUCCCCUCCUCCCCCUCUCCUUC